ACACAACACAACACACAACAGUCUCUCCAAAAAUCCACACUCCAAGACAAAAACACAAACAGUCAGUCAGUCAAUCAGUCACACACCCACCCACACCCUCCUCAAUUUUUCCUAUCAUUCCAAAUCCUAUCUCUUUUUCUCUCUAAAUAUCUCCACCCCCACCAUAACCAAAAAUCAAAAACCCUCUCUUUUUACUAUUAAGAAGAUUUUUUUUUUUUUUUUUGGGGUUAAUGGAGCCACCGGAGGAUAAACGAACACCGUUGGAUGAAGCGGAGGGGAUAAUCCUGCGGUGGGACUCAACCGCAUCGGAGGAAGCCAGAGAGAAAAUGAUUUUCGAUUCUGAUCGGAACGAAGUUGAUCGUUACUUACAAGCCGUCGAUGAAAUCCAACGGUCGCUAUCUUCCACCACCAUCAACAGCGAAAGCAGCAGCAACAGCGACGAAAGCGGUUUGAACUCGACGAUUCGGAUCGCCAUGGCUCGGCUGGAGGACGAGUUUCGGAAUAUUCUGCUGAGUCACACUGCUCCUCUUGAAGCCGAGUCGAUGUCGUUCAGCUCCGAUCCCAGCUCGUCGACUCACUCUCACGGCCAAAUCGACGAUCAUGAGGACGAGGGCGAGCACGACCAGGGUUUGAAAUUGGAUUUGAAUAUGAGCUUGAAGCUCGCUGAGCAGCGGGAGGAGCGUGAGGAAGGUGAAGGAGAAGGUGGAGAUUCGGUUGCUGAUGGUGCUGGUAGCAGUAGAUCGAGUUACCGAACUACUAGCAGUAUCCGCGAGAUCGAUUUGGUGCCGUCGGAUGCGAUCUACGAUCUGCGGAGCAUCGCGGAGAGGAUGAUCGCCGCCGGUUACUUGCGGGAGUGUAUUCAAGUGUACGGCAGCGUCCGGAAAUCGGCGGUGGACGCGAGUUUCCGGCGGCUCGGGAUCGAGAAGCUGAGCAUCGGCGAUGUGCAGAGGCUGGAGUGGGAUCAGCUCGAAGCGAAGAUCCGACGGUGGAUUCGGGCCGCGAAGGUUUGCGUUAGGGUUUUGUUCGCGAGCGAGAAGAAGCUCUGCGAGCAAAUUUUCGAGAAUUUGGGAACCGAUAUUGACGAUGCGUGCUUCGUCGAGACCGUGAAAGGUCCGGCGAUUCAGCUGUUCAAUCUCUUCGAAGCGAUCAGUAUCAGCCGCCGAUCGCCGGAGAAGCUGUUCAAGAUUCUGGACUUACACGAUGCUUUGAUGGUUUUGAUUCCAGACAUCGAUGUAGUUUUCGAAGCGAAAACUGCCGAGUCGAUUCGGAUUCAAGCGGCGGAGAUUCUGUCUCGUCUCGCCGAGGCGGCGAGGGGGAUCUUAUCGGAGUUCGAAAACGCGGUUCUUCGCGAGCCGUCUAGGGUUCCGGUGCCCGGCGGGACGAUACACCCUCUGACGAGGUAUGUGAUGAAUUAUAUAAGUUUGAUUUCGGAUUAUAAGCAAACAUUGAUCGAGCUUAUCGUGUCGAAACCGUCGUCCGGAACCCGAUACGGGAGUGAUCCGACGACUCCUGAUAUGGAGUUUGCUGAUGAGUUGGAAGGGAAGACUCCUUUGGCAUUGCAUUUGAUUUGGGUGAUUGUGAUUUUGCAAUUCAAUUUAGAAGGAAAGUCUAAGCAUUACAAAGAUACUUCAUUGGCACAUUUGUUUAUGAUGAACAAUGUGCAUUACAUUGUGCAAAAGGUGAAAGGGUCACCUGAGUUGAGAGAAAUGAUUGGGGAUGAUUAUCUGAAGAAGCUAACUGGGAAGUUUAGGCAGGCCGCGACAAAUUAUCAGAGGGCGACUUGGGUUAGGGUGUUGUAUUGCUUGAGAGAUGAAGGGUUACAUGUGAGUGGGAGUUUUUCAUCUGGGGUGUCGAAAAGUGCAUUGAGAGAGAGGUUUAAGUCGUUUAACGCCAUGUUCGAGGAUGUUCAUAGGAAUCAGGCGCAGUGGUUGGUGCCUGAUGCUCAGCUUAGGGAGGAGCUGAGGAUAUCUAUAUCGGAGAAGUUACUCCCGGCUUAUAGGUCGUUUCUGGGGCGGUUCAGGACCCAUAUUGAGAGUGGAAAGCACCCGGAGAAUUACAUCAAGUACUCGGUUGAUGAUUUGGAGACUGCUGUGUUGGAUUUCUUUGAGGGGUACCCUGUAUCCCAGCACAUAAGGAGGAGAUCUAGCUAAUGGAUUGAAGUGAAGUGGGAAGUGACCGAGUUUUGGGAAAUUAGAAACUAGGAAGAAUUCUUUUAAUUUUUUGUGGAGUGUUUGGGUGAUGUGGUGCUGGUCAAUCUGGGAUUUCCGGAGCCUCUGAUUUGUGAAAGAAGUUCUGCAUUGGAUAUUCGUUGGGAAGAUCAGUUGUAGCUCUCCAGGAUUGCGCAAAAGUCCCUUCAGCCUGAAUGCUUCUGCACUAUGCAUAUAUGGGAAACGGAAUCUUAGAUCAACAUGCGUUGAAGUGGCCGUUUCCUUUUCAAGCUUCGAAUGACUUCUGUACCAUGUUAUGUUUCUGGCCUUGAUGAGAACAAAUUGGAAAUUGGAUAAUCUCAUAGAAAACCUAGUGGAGAAUUGCUUAAUAUGUGUAAAGGGCAAAACCCAUGUAUAUAGAUUCAAUUAUUCAAAUAUGGCAAAAUCCAUGUAAUUUUGCCGUUAAACCCCGCAACUGUAUGUCCAUUGUUGUUUGCUCAAUCCUCCCACAUCUCCUUUUGAGCUGCAUCACCUAUAAGAUAUAUUAAUGGACUUUUAAGUUUGAGUUCUGCA